AUGGACAAUGAGGAAGAUGCGUUGUGUUAUAUGGUUGAGGAGAAGGCGUUCGAGUACGAAUACGACGAGGAGUUCGACUGGGAGAACAUGACUUCAGCUCAGUGCAACUGCUCGCACCCAUUGCACAAGUUCCUCGAGGUAUGCGUGGGCGGAUGCGCCAUAGUUCCCGACACGUUGCUUUUCGGCCUCACGGAGGAGGAGCUCUUUGAGGCUGCUCUGCCUGCACUGCUGUAUCUCACUGUUUUUCUGGUUGGAACCGUCGGAAAUGCAAUGGUGAUCUUCGUUGUGAAUCGCUUCAAACGAAUGCGGAACGUAACCAACGUCUUUCUGGCAUCACUUAGCACCGCCGACUUGUGCUUGAUUUGGUUUUGUGUCCCAAUUAUGAAGUUUCAGUUCGUCAAGUACAUGUCUCACACAUGGUUUAUGGGUCGCUUCGCCUGCUAUUCAGUGCACUACAUUCAACAAUUUACUUGCUUUUGUUCCGUUCUAACCAUGACUAUGAUCUCUUUCGAACGGUAUCUCGCGAUAGCGUAUCCGAUGAGAACAAUGUGGUUGUCUUCAAUUGGAAGGGCGAAAAAAGUGAUUCUGCUGAUCUGGUUGCUAUCCGCUAUUCUAGCCAUUCCGACGGCUGUUCGUAUUGACUACGAGACAAACAUCUCGCUGUCUGGACACCGAAUUCAUUGGUGCAGAAGAAGGAUGCGUGCUGCCGAAUGGACAGAUGAAGGAUAUUGGUUAGAGGCCAUUCAAAACCGCCUCAGUUGCACCUCCAUGUCACCUGGUUGCAGUCUUUUGGCAGAACCGACGUACGGCAUACAUUUUAUGCUCCUCCUGAUCGUCUUUCCGGUGGUAACGAUGUCGAUUUGUUACGCACGAGUCGCAGUCAUCGUUUAUACCUCGUCGAAAGGCAGACUUGCCCUUUCGCAAGCAAUGGUGGCAUUCAGCAAAGCCGCAACUGACGCUGUCCAUUUUUCUGGAUACAGUACUAUUCCCAUGAUUUCAAGCAGCCGACAACUAAAAACUGCCACGUCCACGAUCAAUGCAUACAAUAAGCACAAGAGCGCAAGGGUUGCGGAAGCGAAUAAGAAACAGAUUGUACAAAUGCUCAUUUCAAUUGUCGUCAUGUACACUGUGUGCUGGAUGCCAACUAUCAUUGACGAGUUGCUGACGUCAUUUGGCUAUAUUUGUCGAACAUCCAAUACUCCAUUUCUGAAGUAUAUGCGAAUGGGGUUCAAUGCUUUGACGUACUGCCAGUCGUGCAUCAAUCCGAUCCUCUACGCCUUUAUCUCGCAGAAUUUCCGUGCAACGUUCAAAUCCGCAUAUGCACGCAUGAAACAUCGCUUUCAGGGUAUGGAAGAAAUGCGGUCUAGGAUGGGUUCUUGUUCCUCAGCUUCCAUGCUUUCAACACGAAAUCAACAUCGAAUAUAUGGCAGCAGUUUCAACACUUUAACUGUUCCGGGAAGGUCCGUCAUCACGCCGAACAUGUCUCGUGACGCUUCGCAGCUUUCUCUGUGUCGGCCUGGAUCCACACUAUCGUUCGCUCUCAGAACCACUCCUAUCACUCCCGAUGCCACAUCUACCUUUGUUACAAGGUCUCGCAGUCCGACAAAUACUUCAUCUGAAUACACACGCUCUCGCAGUCCUACGGACGGAUCACAGUCGAAAAGACCAACGUUUAAUAUACGUCCUCGAAGUCCAACUUCGUCUUCUCAAGCCUCCUCCUUAGAUCCUUCCUACCGCUCAAGGAGCCCCACUAACUUUUCUGAAAUCUCUAUCGUUGUUCCUUCCAGACAAAGAACCCCUUCAAGCGCUUCCACGUCCACCCAAACAGCAGUUUCCAACAGAACCUCAUUACUACCCGGAUAG